UUAAAACGGCAACUAACGUUCCCAGAUCCCUGUUUUCGUCAGACAGAUCCAACAAAACAAAAUACUGAAUAUUCAUUGAACCACAGAAUGCUUCCUCUUUGAAACCAUCUUUUCCCACCCACAUAAUGGGAAUUUUGUUCAUCUCCAACAUCAUAAUAUAGAAGGGGCAUCAAAUGAUGCUCUGUUGUUCCUCAUUACGAUCUCGGAUUCAAUCCUGGUUCCACGAUUACGAUAAUCUUCAAUCAUUUGCUGUCCUUCUCAUCUACAUUCAAAUUGGUUGCGCUCUGAUUGGAUCAUUAGGGGCAUUGUUUAAUGGUGUUACAUUGAUUAAUUUUGCAAUAGCAUUAUUUGCCCUAGUUGCAAUUGAAAGUAGUAGUCAGAGACUUGGAAGAACCUACGCUUUUCUUCUAUGUUGUGGGUUAUUACUCGAUAUCUCCUGGUUCAUUCUCUUCUCUAAUCAUAUAUGGCACAUUUCCUCUGAGAUGUAUGGACUAUAUUUUAUAUUUUCCUUGAGGCUUGCGCUAUGGAUGCAAAUUGCUGCCUUUUCCAUUAGAUUGUUCUCCUCGUUGCUAUGGUUUCAGAUGUACAAGUUGGGGCCUUCAUCCACAGACUUCGAUGUACGAAAUAGUUUCAUGAAUCCCUCAGCUUCAGCAAUAGGUAGACAAAGCUCUAUUUCAAGCACUAUUUCAGGAUUUCCUCUCUCUGAUCCAUCUUAUUACUCGGCCCUUUUUGAAGAUGCACAAGAAAAUGGGGGUAUGAAGAAUACUGGUGGUAACAAUGCUUCCCCUGUAUGUUGAUUAAUUUUCGCAGCUAAGCUUAUGCACUGGCCAAUCUUUUAAAGUUAUUGAUGAUCAGAGUGCUCUUGGAAGUCAUCGACAGGAGGUGUAAAAUGAUGUUGCGUAAUUGAUCCCCCCUAUCUGUUCAAGCUCUUUCACUUUGACAUGUUGUACACCCUAGUAUGGACGGACAUCUGAUGUACAGAGCAGGGUUACUAAAGUUAGUUUUGUCAUUCUGUUUUCACUGCGUAAGAGAUUACUUGCAUCUUUUGUUAUUCUUUGGUUGUGUGAUCCCGAUGUCGAAGAUAGACAGAAAGUGGUAGUUCUUAUAUAACUGAUAAAGAUAAUUUCUAUUUUGAAUACACACAGAUAAAAUAGGUGUUCUUGUGUAAUUGCAAAAGAUAGUGGUAUACUAUGUUUUAGUGGAACUUGUGUACUAACAUCUUCUAAUAUCAUCAAUAGAAAAUAUUUAGUCUUUCAGUUUA